AAGAGCUUGAUCUACAGGUUCAUCAUCAGGUAUUAACUUGGCAUGAGCAGGUGAAGCUGGUGACCGCAAGAUCACAAGCUAAACCGACUAGUCAGAGAAGGACUGGUAGUUUUCCCGCCAUCUUAAGCUAACCUGAACGCCAUCGCCGACCAUCUUGAGUUCGCGAUCAGUUUUCGCGGCGGAAGCAGCCGAUUCGUCUCUGCGUUUAGGGCCAUGGGACCUGGCGGACCUGGUGGCCCUGGUCCUGGGUUCGGACCAGGCGGUCCGGGGCCUGGGUUCGGUCCAGGCGGCCCUGGACCUGGGUUCGGCGGCGGACCUUGGGGCGCUGGCUUCGGACCGCCUGGACCUGGGUUUGGGCCUCCUGGGUUCGGACCAUGGGGAGGACCUCCGCCACCGGCUCCUUUCGGUCCGUGGGGAGGACCUCCGCCGCCCAUGUUGGGUAACUUCUGGCCUGGCGGCUUCGGUUACGGCUUCGGCUGCAGAUAAUGUGUUGUUGCUGGAUCUUCGAGGCCUGCUUUGGCGGGUGCUGUCCACCCUUUGGGCCGCCACCACCUCCACCCUUCUGAUCGGUUUUGAAUUUUAGUGGUACGCUCUUGGUUCUUGCUUGCAAUGAGAUGACGAUCUUGCUUGAUCCCCAACUGUUCGAUUCCAAUUAUUUGUCUUCUCCUUUGGUUUCUGGCUUUGCUGUACCAUAUGUAAUUUCUUGUUAAAUUUGACAGAAACAAUCAUCUGGAAUGUGUUAUGUUUAUCUGUAAACAAUAUCUGUCUGUCAUGAUGUACUCGAAACGACCAAAUUCAGAGAAAGAAUAAAUUAAAUGUUACAUAGUUUCAUUGUUA